AUUAUUUAGAAGGAAAAGAAUUCCCCUGUUAUCUAGAUCUUGUUGAUUGUUUAAAGUUUAAAUAUAAUGGACAAAUAUCGAAAACAACUGCACAAAGCCGUCUCUCGAAUUUUAAGUUUGAAUUUAAAGAUAUUGAACAGGAAAUAUUGAAUUUUUGUGAACUUGUCAAAUUAUGGUCUUGUGAAAAGAAUCGUUAUGCUAAAGAAAAACUUCUUAACUGUAGAAAAGAUUAUAGUUCAAUUCAAGAAAUAGCUGCUGAUCUUGCAUGUGUCAUAAAUAUGUACAAAAACAAUUCUAAGUUUGAAAAGAAAAAAAAAAUUGAAAAUUUCUGUUUUUAUUGCAAGAAAAAGGGCCAUAUUUUUGAAGAUUGUAGAAAACGUCUUAAUUUAUGCUUACGUUAUUUAAAAGAAAAAUCUAGCUUAUUUAUUGUUAAAGUUAAUGUUAAUGGAUAUUCUUUUAAUGGACUCAUAGAUAGUGGUGCUGAAACCACAGUUAUUCCUGAAAAGAUUGUAAAACAAUUUUCAAAUCUUAAUAGUCUGCCUGAUUCAACUGUUGAGACUAUUGGCCAGAAAAUAAAUAUGAAAAAGAUCACUGGUAAAUUUGAUUUUAUUGUAGAUGGAUUUCAAGGAACUUUAUAUGAAACACUGCUUACUGAAGAUGUAUUUUCACAAUUCGAUGGUAUUAUUGGAAUCGAUCUCCUAAAGGAGAUGAAUGUAAUUAUUGAUAUUGAUAAUAAAAUUUUAUUGCCAAUAACACGAACAAAAUUUAAAAAUGUAUUUUACAUGGAAAGACAUACUGAUAAAGAUUUAGAGGAAUUGGAAGAUAAUCUCAAAAUUGAAAUAUCUCGAGAAUUUCCUGAUUUGAAUCCUGAAUCUUAUUAUGAUUGUGGAAAUGAUAUAGCAGUUGCACCUGAACAAGUUUUUUUGGAUUCUAAACUAUUAGGUAUAAAAUUUUAUUCAACUCCUAAAUGUAAACAUAUCCAGGCUAAUAUACAAGAAAUGCUUAUGUAUGGUAUAAUUUCUAAAAGUCAAGCAGUGAAGGUAAUGCCCUUUUAUCCUAUUAAAAAGUUAAAUUCUGAGAAUCAACCGCUAAUGUUUAAAGAUAUAUAUGAACAAGAAUUUAUAAGAAUGCGUGCUCUAUUGGAUGCUAGAGAAAUCAACAACAAAACAAUAAAAUUAUCUUAUAAUCAAAAUACGGCUUUAAGAAUUAUUCAACAUUUAAAAGGAUUUUCGCUUUCACAAGGGGCAGUUAAUAGUUCUAUUAUUUUCCAAAGAAUUAUGAAAUUGUUAUCGGAAAAAUUUAAAUUUGCCUAUGAGGAAGAGACUGUACAAUUGGAAGUAUAUCAAGAUGACAUACUUUUGUUAACUAAUAAAAACAAAGAACAUCAUAUUAAAAUUUUAAAAAUGUUACUCAAAGAACUACAAGAGCGUAAAAUAAAAAUUAGUGUUAGUAAGAGUAAAUUCUUAAAAACUAGAAUUGAUUAUCUCUCAUGGACUUUUGAAAAAGAUACAGUAAGACCUAGUGAAUCUUCAAUUUUAAAAUUAACUAAUAGAAAAUUACCUGAAAAGAAAGGUCAAUUAUAUCAAUUCUUACAAAGUUUAUGUUAUUUUAAAAUUACUAUUAAAGAUUGGGAUAUUCUUACAAGAGAAUUAUAUAAUAUUUGUAAAGGAGAAAAAAAUGAAAAGAUAAUAUGGGAAGAAGAAAAUAAAGUUAAGUUUAAUAAAAUUAUAAAUAUAUUGCUUGAAAAACCUUAUUUACACUUAAAAAGAGAUGAUCUUCCUAUUAUCAUGGUAGUAGAUGCUUCUAAAGUUGCUGUAGGUGGUUAUCUCUAUCAAGAAUAUAAAAAUAAUAGAUUGAUACUUGGACAUUUUUGUUUUAUUUUGGGACCUUGUUUAAAAGAUAGAAGUGCUACAUAUUUAGAAUUAAAAGCAAUAGCAACAGGUGUAGAAACAUAUAAAGAUCUUAUAUGUGGUGAAACUCUAUAUGUUCAUAGUGAUCACAAACCACUUGGAUCUUUAUUAAAUUCAAAAAGUAUAACACAACCUAAGCACAUGGAACUUUUAUGUACAAUAAAACAAUAUGUAAAUGAAAUUCAUUAUAUACCUGGAGCUCAAAAUAAUAUUGCUGAUUAUAUCUCAAGGUGUACUCUCGAAAAGGGGAGGAAUAAUAUCGACAAUUUUAAAAAUCAAAUAAAACAAAUAAAUUAUAUGGAAAAGGUAAAUUCUGAAGAGGAUGAAAUUAUGUUAAAUAUUGUAAGAGACCAGAAAAAUUUAAAAGAAUAUGAUGUAAUGUUAAAUAAUAUUAAGUAUAUGGUUUCAAAUAAAGAAGUAAAAAUUCAAAAAGAUCACUUAGUUAUACCCAUAAAUAAUGAACAAACAGCAAUGAAAAUUAUAAAACAUACAUAUGAUAAAUAUGGACACAUAAUAGAUAAAAAAACAAAUGAAAGAGAAGGAAUAAGACCAGAAUUACAAACUAUAUCAUAUCCAGAUAAUGUAUGGGAAAUUGUAGCAACUGAUGUUUGUAUUAUUGCACAAUAUGAGAAAAUUAUACAAUUUAUAGAUACAUUAUCAAGAUUUUGGAUUCCGAAAGUUUUGGAAAAUUUAACUAGUCAAGAAACUUGUAAUGUGGCAAUUAGAAAAGUCUUUUCAAGAUUUGGAACACCAUUAAAAAUUAUUUGUGACCAAGGAACAAAUUAUAAAAAUUUUGAAUUUCAAAAUUUAUGCGAAUCUUUAAACAUAGAAGUACAUUAUUGUACACCACAACAUAAAACUGGAAAUUCAGUAUGUGAAACAUCUUUUAGAACCAUGAGAAAAAUAUUAAUGAAAAUCAAGAACAUGAUAGAUGAUAAUAAUAAUUUUAAUUUUAAGGACGCAGUGAAUUAUGCCAGUUUUAUAUAUAAUGUCACUGAAUGUACAACAACCAAAAAUAUACCAUUCCUUCUAAUGUUUGGCCGUCUCCCAAAUACUUCUGAUUUUAUUAAUAUUGGUUUCAAAAAUAAUUGUUCAAUGGAAAAAUUAACUGAAAUGAGGAAAACUGCUAAAAUUACUUCCCAAAUAUUAAGGGAAAAACAAAAUAAGAAUUUAAAUGAAUUUCGUUAUGAUCCUGAAUUGAAAGUUGGAGAUCUUGUUUUAAUUAAGUCGAAUACGGCAACAAAAAUAGAAAGUCCGUAUGAAGAACCUUAUGAAAUUAAAGAAAUUAAUGGUACACGUCUCUCACUAAUAAAACCGGAAAACACCUCACGUGGCAGACCACUAAUUAGGAAUGCAGCUUAA